CAGUCGGUUAUUGAGCACGGAAAGCCGAGGUGUGAGAAGAGAGAAAGGAGAGGAGAGCAGCGUAGCUUCUAGAAGACGAGAGGUGCAUGGGACGGUGUUGAUGCUCACACGACGUUGUCAUCCUAGAUUUUGUACAAUGAGCAGCUGGACAGAGAGAAUGCAUCGACGUGCCGCUACGUUAGGAAAUGUCGUAACCAGUUGCGGACAUCCAUCUUCAGUGCCGCCGUACCCGAGACGGCUCGAUAAAGUCAAGUUCGGGGUGCCCUUGGAUGAAGUAUGCAAGAACGAUAUUCCUGGUCCUUUACUGGUUCUUAUACUGAAAUUGAACAAGGAAGCUCCGCUGAAAAAGGACAUUUUCCGGGCGCCUGGUCACCAGGGUAAUAUGAAGAAGCUGAUACAUUUUCUGCAGACGGGACACCUGGUCAACAUGGACAACUUUAGCGUUUAUACGAUAGCCAGCGUUCUAAAGAAGUUUCUAUGCAAGAUACCUGGCGGAGUGUUCGGGAAAGAAAACGAGAUGCAGCUGUUCACCGUGAUCCAGCUAGAUAGCAUAGAACAACAACGGGACCAGAUACACAAAUUAAUCACUUCCUUGCCAAUAUACACGCAACGAUUACUGGUGUUGCUGUUUGGGACGUUCAGAGUAGUAGCGGUAAAUAGCGAGCGGGCGCACACGGGGAUGACCAGUGAGGCCCUGGGGGUAUCAGUGGCACCAUCGUUCUUUCAGAGUUGCGUCAGCGACGGCAAGACUGCUAAAAUGGAGGAUGUUCUCAGGUUUAAGGUUGCCACGCGCGUCACCAAGUUCAUGAUAGAUAAUUUCGGUGUUUCAAAUCUCUUCGGGAGGCAUAACUACGAGUUCUACGCACGCAUAACCGGUCGCAUAUUGAAAGUGGAGGAAGAUUGGAUCUUUAGUUUCCGAUAUCCGCCGGCCACCCUAGUUUCGAGACAGUUGUCGUUAGAAGCUGAGAAAACGUGGUUGCAGUUCGAGUGCCAGAAGUUGGGGCUGAAGCUUAAUCUAGAAUGUAUGUCGCAACAAGAAGAGUCGCAGUCGACACCGGCGCUAAUACACAUGCCGGAGACGGUGGAUCUCACGUCCUCGCUAGGCAUGAUCCCGGAGAACACCUUACUCGAGAGUUGCACGCGUCUCUCGGUUAGCUUAGAGGAGAACGGCCUGUUCCAGGUGUCCAGUCGCUCGUCGAGCAACGGCAGCCAUCAUUCUAAACGUAGUCACGCGGUGACGCUGGAAGAACUGCGAGCGAUGAAUCGCUACGCUGAGAGCACCAAGAGCCUUAGCUAUUUGCCGCAGGUUCACGAAAGGCAAGCCGCGCGAAUGCGAACUAGAUCCGAAUGGUUUCUCACGCCCGUGGGAGAAACGCUGAUGGCAACGGAUAGCGAUCCUACGGCGAUACACAUUUUACGCGGCUCUAAUCGGUCUUCCUCGGGCAAUAUCGCUGCAGGUUUGAGCGUCAGCGCAGAGUCAAUAAAGCGGCCAAGCCUGCGGAGGACCUCCUCCAGGGAAAAGCAGCGCUUACAUCGUAGCUCAUCCCGUCGCAAUAAGGAAAACGGUGCAAAGGGAAGCGGUCGUUCAGCGUCGACGGUAGCGGCGGCGGCGGCGGUGGUGGAAGCGUGCAAAUCGCGUUCUCUGGAGACGAUGAAGACGGUGAAGCUCGUGCGAGUGUCAAUGGCAGCGGAUCAGCAAACGUCGGUAUCCGAAAAGAUGCUGGACAAGAGCCACAACGAGAUCAUCGAGGAACGCGCGACGAGGGAGACGCGCGCCCUGUCGCGCGAGGGCGUCAUCGGGCCGCAAGAUUGCACGGAGAUGGACGUGCAGACAUUUCACGUUACUCUAACGUACAAGCCGCGAAUAUAGGCGUUUUAGUUUAAUCCUGACACACACUUAGAUAUUUUCAAUGUUUCAAAUUUAGGUGUUAUCUCGCAUUCGCGUAUAAUAUUCGCAUAAAAAGAGAAACAUAUGUUAGUAAUAUAUAUACAUAUAUAUACACACGCGGAGAGUUAUUUAUUUUUGCCAUAUCGCAGUCCGAAAAUAUCCGUUACCCGUCGUUUUAAAGUAGUAUAGUAGUGAAAUUUGUAUCAUUUUUUAAGCUCGUUUCGCCGUGCAGCGGAACGAUCGGUUAGGUGACGAAGCGAAAAGAGAUACAUGAACUCUUUAUUCCGUUCAACGUACUUUCAGUUACUCUCACGUAACAGACACUAUCAUGGCAUUCCAGACGCAUUUAAUCGCUUCUCCUUCCCAGCCCAAUAGUAAUCCAUCUUUCUCGAUUCUCGCAUAUUUUAUACAGACCAUAUCGCACUAUUAUAUUUAUUCCAGCCUGCAAGAAAUACGACUUACGAGACGCUCGAGACUUUUUCACCGUCGCUUUCGCGUCUAACAGCGUAUAUAUGUACAUCAAGUGUUUCGCGACGUGCCCGAUAAGCUUUCUCCGAGAGUUGUUUACAAUGGGCUUAAUCGUCUUAGAAUUCUUCAAAGAACCGAGUAGCCGAAGCUUAUCGAGCACGUUGUGACACUAUCCAUACAAGAUGGAGUUCGAAACAUCUUGUAAAUAUUUUCGCGUCUACAGAGAAUUCCUUUGAUGCGACGUGCCGACCACAACUGCUAGCAUACUACAUCGCAGCGUCGUCACGAUUGUUAUAUGCCAAAUUAGUAGUACUUUUAAGAUGUAUUUAUAUAAAUCAUCGAUCGUAGACACUAUUAUCGUACGCGUGUGUCACGAAUCGUUAAUGAUAAGACCCGAUAAGAUGAGUCACUAGAAAUGGAACAUUUUUCUUAAGUUCGGUGCAGAGAUUUAUAAAAGGCUGUGUAAUUUAGCUGCUUUCAACGAAUGAAUAUAAUGAAACUUAGUAUUUUUUUUCUUUAUAUUUUUAUACUUGCACGACUUAUAUUUUUUAACAAUCCCUUUUAAUAAAAAUUCGCUUUAUCUCUAAUAUCGAAAUGUGUUUUGUAUGACAUAGUAAAUCUUUUUUGUUUAAUUUAAUGCCCCAAAAUCAAGAGAAAUGUUCAAGUAUUUCUGAUGUGAUUCAGCCUAUAUAUAGGAACUAUACCUUAAGACAUCAUUCGAUAUUAUUCUCAUUCAAAGCAAAUGAUUUUACGAAACGAGAGACAUUUACCAUUUUAAGCAAAUUUCUUUCUUUCUUUAAAAAAAAAACGGCAUAUGUAACCAUAUGCUACACAACGAAAGUGUUCCGUAAUAAAAGUAUACACAGUAAUCAAUAGGAUUCACGCGCGCGAUAGAUUUAUCAGGUUGCGAUUGAUUAAACCGAUCGCAGAACUGAUCCUAAGGACUGUAAUCAACGGAGUAAACGCGUAAUUUUCCGAAAAGAUAUAACGAGGACAUUCAUGAAACCAAGGAAAAGAUCUGUUUGAAUCUCUCAUACAAUUGAGAAGCUUAUUUCCAAAUCGUCUUAAAUCUGUAUAAGUUAAUAGAGGUUUAAAAAGAUUGAAAUUAUACUUCGCGAAGCUCUGAAAAGUUCAAGCGUCAAGUGAUUAAUUUCUAUUACAAGAAAAAGGUUUAAAAUGAUUUGGAAAUAAAUUUUUCGAUUUCUUCCUCCCCCCGCGAAAGCUAUUAAAUAAAUUAAUAAUUUAUGAUUACAUAUAUAUAUAUAUAUAUAUAGCAUGUAAAUGUUUAAUGCCAAAAAUGUAAAGUAAUUAUUCUAGUGGACGAUAUAUGCAAAGGAGGAAGUAUGUGUGCGAUCGUAUUGAACUCGUCGUAUAAAUAAUGUUUUCGAUGUUGCGUCGCAGAGAAGAGAGUAUGUGUGCGCGGGCGUAUUGAAUUCGUCGUAUAAAUGUUUUCGAUGUUGCGUCGUUCUUGCGACUUGGGUGUUAGGUGCCGAGCAAAGGGAAGAAGAUACAGGCCCAAAUGAAAAGGCACGCGAUCAGGAACAGCAUCAGUCUCGUGCGAAACUUGUCCCAGCCGACCACGAUCACCCUGGACGCUCGUCUUUCCGUCGUCGUAGGAAACUGAAACACGAACGAGCGCAGGCGCGUGCGAUCGAUUGACGUGCUCGCUCUCUUGGCCGAACAAAACAAAAGGAAUAAUAUACGAAGUGGACAAUCACGUUGUCGUCCGGUUCCUCCUCGUCAUCUUGCGAUCUUCGCGCGCUCGGAUAUUGCUGCAUCCGCGUCUCUCGUUCCUGCGUGUCCGACGUCGUUGUUUCCGAUCGCGCUUUCUCGUUCUCAGCGACAACGUCAUCCUCGAUUGCGCCGGCUUCCGCGGAUGGCGAUUCGUUGAGACCAUUACCAUGCAUUUGUCUCGCGCGAUACGUGUCUGCGCGCAGUCAUUUCUUUCUUUCCCCCUUUCUUUUAUCGAUGACAAUUUCAUCGGGAUACCGGUAAGGAAAAAGGAAAUUUCGUUUUCCUGCCGACGAUUUUGAGAGUAAAGGGAAUGAGAAGACAAAAGUAAAGGAAAGAGAGCAUCUGUAAAUAUAAAAUUGUACAAAUCCGUCUAUAUCCAUCCGCAGUCUUUCCGUAAUGUAUGAUAUUCGAAAUAUCAAUCCAGAUUUACUCUCUUCUCCUUUACAUCAGGGUUAUCACUAAUAGUCGCCUACUAUAGUUCCGGCUAGAAAUGUGGAGUAUGUUCGUCUUCAAUGUAUCUUGAUCAAAAAGUUGGUUCAUCUCUUUUAUUUGAUUAGAGUAAGAGCCGUGAUAAGAGAAAAGUGAACGAAUUUUUUCAUCAAUUCGAAGAAUCUGUAGAACCACUGAGGUGCAGCGUAUAAUUUUUAAAGAUUUUAUUAGAAACUGUAUCUCCCAGUAUUAUUUAUACAUCUCAAUGUAAAAAUUUAUUGUACGCUUUUUUAAUUUUUUAACGCGGACUUACUACAAGCGAAUCCUGUACAACAGUAAAUGAUCUACGUGUACUAUGUAUGAAUGUAUGUAUGUAUGUGUGUAUGUACGUAACAUCAUAUUUUAUUCAAGUAUUUAUGUACACACAUCAAGCAUUUAAAACAUUACGAAAUAUAUAUUAUUACUCGCAA